UUGCAGCUUGAGAUUGAAACUUGAAGAAGAAAGAGAAUAUCAGGAACUGUUUUGUGGCACUCCUUUCAUUUGCCACUAUCUCAUACAUUCUCAUUUUGUUUCUAGAAUCUUCUUUUCUUGUUCCUCAAGCACAGCAACACUUGGAAGACUUAAUUACAAAUACAAAAAUUAAACAAACAGAAAGCCAAUAACCCUUACCUUAUUCAAUUCAAUUCCAAAUGGCAGCCAGAAAGCUGAUUCGUGAUUUUUUACUGUCGAAGCGAUCUCUUUUUCUUCCCUCAACAUCUCACCAGGGUUGGAGGACUACGAGGUUGUCUUUGGUUUCGGGGAAUAGGUGUACGAGUGUUGCUAGAUAUAGUGUCUUCAAUGAGUUCUCUAAGAAGAUUAAAGGCGAAGCAGUUAGAAACCCAGAAUUCCAACAGUCUGUCAAGGAGCUGAAGGAAAAAGCAGUUGAGCUGAAAGGGGUAAAAGAAGAGCUGAAAGAAAAAACAAAGCAGAAAACUGAGAAGCUGUACAAACAGGUGGAUGAAGUGUGGACAGAAGCUGAAGCUGCUGCAAAGAAGGUAUCUUACAAUGUAAAAGAGAAGAUUUCUGCUGCAACUGAGGAGGUGAAAGAAACUUUUGGGAUAGGAAAGCAGGAUUCUUCAGGAUCAACUGAUUCUUCAACCAAACAGGGUGCUGAUGCAAAGCAAGGAAGUAAGACAUCACCUGAGGAAGAGCAAAACCAGCAAUUUGGGUCUAGUAAUGCUGCAGAUUCAUUGUUUGGCAAAUUUAAGUCAACCAUUUCCUCUCCAAAUGUUUCUGCUGCGUUUGAAAAAUUAAGGGAUGCAAAGUUAGUUAACGUAGCCAAGAAAGGUUAUGACAUAGUAAAAGAGGAGUUAAGUAGUAAUCCAACUAAGAGAAGGCGUAUUCCUUUCACAUCAAGUGGUGAAACAAGUACAAGAACAGAACUUGUUGUUGUGCCCUCUAAACAAUCUUGGUGGAGUAAGAAAUUUGAUGAGUUCAGGGAGAAGGUGAAAGGCCAUCCUGCAUCCAAGCGAUUCAUUAAGUAUAGUGACCCAGUGAAGACAAAGAGUCAGGAGAUAGUAGAGGACUUGCGGGAAAGAUACGAGACCAGUGACAACCCCAUUAUUCACAAAAUACAGGAUAUCAAUGAGAGCAUGUUUCAAGAGACAGAUGCUGCAAUUUCAUACAAAGAAAUACGUCAACGGGAUCCUUAUUUCUCGUUACCAGAAUUUGUGGCGGAAGUGCAGGAGGCAAUAAAACCAGUGCUUAAUGCUUACAUCAAGGGAGAUGUUGAAACACUGAAGAAGUACUGUAGCUCUGGGCUGAUUGAACGUUGUAAAGCAGAGCAUAGUGCUUAUAAAGGUCAUGGUAUCUUCUUUGAUAACAAGAUCCUGCAUGUAUCUGAGGCGGAAGUAAGAGAGACCAAGAUGAUGGGAUCAUCUCCGGUGAUUAUUGUAAUGUUUCAAACUCAGCAAAUCUACUGUGUACGUGAUAGGAAUGGCUCAAUUACAGAAGGAGGCAAGGAUACAAUCCACACUGUAUACUAUGCUUGGGCUUUACAACAAAAGGACCAUGAAGAUCAUGGAGAAGAUGGUAUUUACCUAAUGUGGAGACUAAUAGAGAUGCAACAGCAAGGCAUACAAGCCCUCAUCUAGUUUUUCACAUUCUAGCCUUUUUAGGGAUUUGUAUAAUUGAGCCUUAUAUUCUAUACUAGAUGGAUUUCAUUUCUUGGGGCCUAGUUGUUAAAAAAAUAACAAUGAUAUUGGCCUAAUUGAGCCUUUAUAUCCCUGUGAUACAUCCUUUAUUUUUAUUUUUUUGUGCCAAUGAUAUUAUGAAAAAAUAAUGUGCCCUUUUUGAGUUCAUUGAUGUA